UACUUAGCGCUCUUUGGAGAGACUUUAAGCCGACGUUCUUUAAUUGUGAUAGACGGGAGGGACCCCGCGAGGGACCCCUACCCCACCUCCACCCUGACAUUUCGCAUCACUGCCACAUUCCUUUGGGUUAAGGUCUGAUUCCCUCGAGAUGUGGGAUGUCUCCAGAACGGGCUGCCCCUAGUGAUUCACUGCCCUGUGAGCCUGGAAGCUGCUCUCCCAGGCCCCCUUUGUCAGUACGUCAGAGUCAGAGCCGACUGAGAAUCCUACUGUCCAAUGUGCUCCUGGGCCUGGGGGCUCCUGGGCAACUUUGGAAGGAAGUCUUGGCAAUUGCUUUGGAGACAGAGGGGCUGGAUUCUGGUCCUGAGUCUUCUAUUCAUUGUACAAGUGACUUUGGGCAGAGCCAUGAGACACCAGAUCCUGCUACUCCUGGCCAUGCUGACCCUGGGCCUGGCUAUCUCUCAGCGUCGAGACCAACUGCCCUGUAGGAUGGUGAACAAGAAGGCCUUGUGCCAGGGCCUUGGCUUGCUUCAGGUCCCCUCAGUGCUCUCACUGGACAUCCAAGCUCUCUACUUGUCUGGGAACCAGCUGCAGAGCAUCCUAGUCUCUCCCUUGGGCUUCUAUACAGCACUUCAUCACCUGGAUUUAAGUGACAACGAGAUUAGCUUCCUCCAGCCCGGGGUCUUCCAGGCCCUUCCUCACCUAGAGUACCUCAACCUGGCCUACAACCAGCUUGCCACAGGCAUGGCGCUGAACAGUGGCGGUCUGGGCCACCUGCCCCUUGUCACCUCCCUGGACCUGUCUGGUAACAGCCUGUACGGUAGCCUGGUGGAACGGCUGUUAGGCGAAGCCCCGAGCCUGCACACACUCUCCCUGGCGGAGAACAGCCUCACUCGCCUGGCCCGUCACACCUUCUGGGGCGUGCCAGCACUGCAACAGCUGGACCUCCACAGCAAUAUUCUGAUGGAUAUUGAGGAUGGUGCCUUCGAGGCCCUGCCCCGUCUGACCCACCUCAAUCUCUCCAGGAACUCCCUCACCUGCAUCUCGGACUUUAGCCUGCAGCAGCUGCAGGUCCUUGACCUGAGCCGCAACAGCAUUGAGGCCUUCCAGACAGCCUCGGAACCGCAGGCCCAGUUCCAGCUGGCCUGGCUCGACCUACGUGAGAACAAGCUGCUCCACUUCCCUGACCUGGCUGCAUUCCCAAGACUGGUCUACCUGAAUGUGUCCAACAACCUCAUCCGGCUCCCUGCGGGGCUGUCCCAGGACAGUGAGGACCUCCACGCACCCUCUGAGGGCUGGUCAGCCUCCCCACUGUCCAACCCCAGCCGGAACACCAGCACUCGCCCCCUCUCUCAACUUCUAAACCUGGACUUGAGUUACAACGAGAUCGAGCUGGUCCCCGCCAGCUUUCUUGAGCAUCUGGCCUCCCUGCGCUUCCUCAACCUCAGCCGAAACUGCCUGCGGUCCUUUGAGGCCCGGCAGGUGGGCUCCCUGCCCUGCCUGGCACUUUUGGACUUGAGCCACAAUGUGCUAGAAGCAUUGGAACUGAGCACCAAAGCCCUGGGGUCCCUGAAGACAUUGCUUCUACAGGAUAAUGCCUUGCGAGAACUGUCACCCUAUACCUUUGCCGGCCUGACCAGCCUGGAGAGUCUCAACCUACAGGGAAACCAGGUCAAUCCCUGUGGGGAGCAAGCAGAGCUAGGUCCCCCAGGCUGUGUGGACUUCUCUGGGAUCCCUACCCUUCAUGUUCUGAACCUGGCAGGGAACUCGAUGGAGACGCUCAGGGCAGGCAGCUUCCUCCACACCCCACUCACUGACCUGGAUCUCUCUGCCAACCCUGGUCUGGAAAUGGCCGCAGGAGCCUUGGCAGGCCUGGAGGCAUCCCUGGAGGUACUGGAGCUUCAAGGCAAUGGCUUGAUUGUCUUGAAGGUGGACCUGCCCUGCUUCCGCAACCUCAGGUGCCUUAACCUUGCGGAGAACCGCUUAAGCCGCCUUCCUGCUUGGACGCAGGCCGUGUCCUUGGAGGUGUUGGAUCUACGAAACAACAGCUUCAGCCUCCUGCCAGGUAAUGCCAUGGGCGGCCUGGAAGCCAGCCUCCGGCGCCUCUACUUGCAGGGAAACCCACUCAGCUGCUGUGGCAACAGCUGGCUAGCAACCCAGUUGCACCAGGGCCGAGUGGAUGUGGAUGCUACUCGGGACCUGACUUGCCGCUUUGGCUCCCAGGAGGAGGUGUCCCUGAGCCUCGUGCACCCGGAGGACUGUGAGAAGGGGGAGCUCAAGAACUCCAACCUCAUCAUAAUCCUCACCUUCACACUGGUCUCUGCUGUCAUCCUCACCACACUAGCCACUUGCUGCUUCCUCCGCAGGCAGAAGUUCAGCCAACAAUACAAAGCCUGAUGGGGCUGGGGGAGCCUCUUCCUACUCUGUGUGGAAGCCAGAGGGGCAGAGACUUUGGGGGUCCCACUCAGGUUACAAAAUGACCAUGGGGCUCGCCCGCCUGCAUCCUGCCGCAUGAACAGGCAGUUGCUUCCUGGGCUGCAGAUGUGGUCCAGCUGUGGAGCCCAACG